AUGCCCUUGCAAAGCAUGCCAAAGAGACAGAAACAAAGGAGUGGAUGUGGUAUAUGGUUCGAAGAAAACCACCCUAAAAACCUCGCGUUUAGAAUCCCUGGAUGGAAACAUUCAAAUCAAAUAGCAGAAUUAUCAGCGAUACUAGUAGCCUUACAAAAAGUAGAACUCUACAUACCUAUAACCUUUGUUACAGACUCCAGAUACACGAUAGAAGGACUAACCAAACAUCUCCCAUACUGGGAGGACACGGAAGGGCAUAAUGGCCACCAAGGGAACGAGCAAGCCGAUACCUUAACAAAAGAAGGGGCAAGUAAACCAACCCCAGACGAACUCGAUCUAAGCAUCCCCGACAAAUUUAACCUACAAGGAGCAAACUUAUCAGCAAUAACACAAGCACUCGCCUAUAAAGGCAUCAGACAAAAGAUAAACAUAACCCCACGAAGAAAGACCACAAACAACCUAGAUGUAACAAGAUACGCACUCCAAGAACUAACAGGACAACUAGAAACGGACUCCACCAUAUGGACAAACAGUAGACAUAGAGACAUACCAAGGAAGAUAAGACAGUUCCUAUUCAAAGUGUUACAUGGCGCAUACAAAAUCGGAGACUACUGGACAAACAUACCAACGUACGAACAUCGAGCAAGAUGCGCCAACUGCAAUGCAGACGACGAAUCCAUGGAACACAUAUUGACCGAAUGCCCAAGCAAUACAAAAGACAUAUGGCCAGAGAAUUUCGGAGCUUGGCCCAGAAUAAAUAUAGGCGUAAUCCUGGGCUGCGGAAGCGCCUCCAGACUUUUAAAAAUCUUGAUAGCGGAAUCAGCAUAUCUCAUCUGGACCAUGAGAUGUGACAAGACAAUACUAUGGUCAUCAAUAAUAAGCAAACGGUUACAACUAGACAGACUUACAGCGAGAAAAAUAAAUCGCACACCAUCAUUCCUAAAACUAAUAACAUCUACAUGGCACGACAUAAUCACAUCACAUGACCCCCUACCAAAAAACUGGGCAAUCGCCCUUGAGGUUUUUAGUGGGUAUUAAGCCACCCAGGCCCUCUUUGAACGAGGCAACCAGGUAGUAAGAGCCCCACACACCCCGUUAAACGGGAGUGCGUAAACUCAUUUUCUCCUCGGACCGGGACCCUAAGUAUCCCGCUAUAGCGCAUAUUCG